AUGUUGCACCGCGUCGCCCGGUUUAAUGAUGUUUUGUUAGCGGACGCCGUACCUCAGCUAAAUUGUGCCGGGUACGUGCUUUGGCAUGCUAUGCUUGUAGACGACAGCGGUCUAGCUAGACGUUUCUUCUACACUAUCUUGCCGGAUGAGAGCGGUGAGAGCUAUAAGUCUGCUGUGGGAGCCAUUGAGCUAUGUGGCCAGUCUUUGCACAAUGCAAGACUAUAG